AUGUCUUCGAGUGACGAUGAGCCGCUGACAGUAAUUGCAGCUAAGGCAAAGAAAGAGCGAAAGAGGGAAUCAUCUAAUAAAGACAGGAAGAAGAAUACCGUAAAGAGAAGAAGGAUUGAAAGCGAUGCAAGUGAAAAGUCAAAAUCCAAGUCUCCAAUCCUAACUAUUGGUUCCGAUUUUGAUGAUGAGGAAGAGCAACAAACGAGACGAAGGAAGAAAAAACCUGCAUUAGAAGAUGAGUAUGCUAGUGAUGAGAUACCACUUGGGGACCUAGAUGAUGCGGAGGCAGAAGGGUCUGGUCUGGCUCUAGAAAUAGUGGACUCAAAGGGCAAUGAACCACGCAUAGAUGAGGAGAAGGAAAACGAUGUGGCAGUUGCUGAACUAGUCGACGUAUCCGCUGAAAAGAAAAACGUCUCAAAAACAGAUUCGGAUGACACCUCAGAUGAUGAUGAGCGGAAACCAUCCAGGCCAGCGUCGGUGAAGUCAGAUUCGGAAGAAAUCCAUGAGAAGGAGACAAAGAAGAAAAUGCAAAAUAAAAAGUUUGGGAAGGAACGGAGAAAAGGCAAAUCCAAUGAGAGGAACAAAGUAAUACUGGAUUCGGACAAAGAUUCUGAAGAUGCAGAAGAGCAACCAAGUAGCGCAGAUCAAAGUGAUUCGAAGGCCGCUAAAACCCCGCAAACUACGGUUAAGAAUGCGCUUAUGAAGGAGAAGAAGAAAGCAAAAGAAGUCGAAACAAUUGAGAGAAACAAGAAAGUAUCUGAUUCGGACGAAGAUGCUGAAGAACAUAUGAAGAGUUCGUCUUCAAACGAUUCGGUUGCAGAGAAGACCCCACAACAGAAGGUCAAAAAGAGGGUCGCAGAAGAUUCAGACCAUGAUUCGGAUGAAGAACACUCACCUGUCUCUAGUUCAGAUGAUUCGGAUGCAGAUACGUCUGCUAAGGAAAAGAAGGUCAGUGCAAAGAAAAAGCAGAAAUGGACGAAAAGUGAGAAGGAAUUAGACUCGUCGUCAGAUCAUUCGAAUGAGUCAGGUGAAGACCACAAGAAACCGAACAGUUCGUCCGAUUCAGACGCAUUGCUCUCUAGCGUCAAGGAGAAAGAGAAAUCAAAGAAGAAUGAGCAACAAAAAGGUGAAAAACAAAAAUCCACUACGAAACGAUCACAAAAGUUAAAACUCGAUAAAAACAAGGAAGAUUCUGAUCAGUCGUCGGAGAAUGAAUCCUCGAAAAAGAAAUCAGAACGAAAGAGAGGUCGACGAAGGAAAAGCGAUGAAGCACAGCCCCAGAGUGCUGCUUCCAUUCGUUUAUCGAAGUUGAAGAAGAUGGUAAUUCUCGCUGGAUUUCGGAUUCCGUAUAAGAAGUUGUUCCAAGAUACAGACGAUUCUGAUCGCCAGAAGGUGAAAACGCUGGAGAAGGAGAUGGAAAGACGGGGAUUGACUCCGCCAUUUACCAUGGAAUCGUGCAAAGCAUUCAAACUACGAAAAGAACAAGAAGAUGAGCUCGCCGAGUUGUCUAAGAAUAGCAUAAUCGAUAUAGGUGGCGAGUCUCAAGGCAGAGUUACUCGAGGUCAGCGUUCUGCUGCAUUAGCAAACCGACGUCGUAAGGGGAUAAUAUUCGAGGAGAGUUCGGGAGAGGAUGAAGAAGAAGUUGAAGAGAGAGAGCAUAUGAAGCAGGAAACCCAGAAUAUGUUCAAAAAUUUACGUGGAAUUGUAAGUGAUGAUGCGGAUUCUGACUGA